UUAACCAAUUUAACAGAUUACAAGGAUUCACAACCUGCUCUAAUUGAGUUAGAUCCUGAAGAUGAGAACUUCGAGGGUGGAAUGACACUUGUGAUUGAGAAGGUAGAUAAAUUGCUAGCUGACAGAGCUCGCAAAGGAAAUAGCUACACCACUUAUAUG